AACAACAUUUAGUCACACACACUGCGGCAGUGUGAGGUGUUCACUGUUGUCGGCGGGAUUUGGUGAUUACAUUGAUUGUUUGGUGUCUUUAUACGCGUUAAUGUUCGAGCUGACAGUCCACACAUUGCACUGCUGUCAGAACAAGCUGAAGUCCUCACAGAAGGAUAAAGUUCGUCAGUUCAUGAUUUUCACACAAUCCAACGAGAAGACCGCACUGACCUGUCUGUCACAGAAUGACUGGAAACUAGACGUUGCCACCGACAAGUUUUUCCAAAAUCCAGAGCUGUAUGUUCCAAAUCUAAAGGGGGUCUUAGACAAGAAGAAGCUCGAGCAGCUGUACAACAGAUACAGAGAUCCUCACGAUGACAACAAGAUCGGCAUCGAUGGCAUCCAGCAGUUCUGUGACGACCUGACUCUGGACCCAGCCAGCAUAAGUGUUCUCCUCAUAGCCUGGAAAUUCAGGGCAGCAACACAGUGCGAGUUCUCAAAGCAGGAGUUCAUGGAUGGCAUGGCAGAGCAGGGGUGUGACAGCAUAGAGAAGCUAAAAGCUCAGCUGCCAAAGAUGGAGCAAGAGUUAAAGGACCACGGGAAAUUUAAGGACUUUUACCAGUUUACAUUUAAUUUUGCAAAGAAUCCUGGCCAGAAAGGCUUGGAUUUAGAAAUGGCAAUUGCAUAUUGGAAUUUAGUUCUGGCUGGAAGAUUCAAGUUCCUGGACUUGUGGAACAAAUUUUUUGUUGUAAGUGUGAUAAUCACACUGAAAAUUACUCCUUUUUAAAAAAUGUGAAUAUUA